AUGUUCAGAAGCUCAUCCCAAAUGAGUCUCUGGCAUGUGAACACACUCUGUGAAGAGGAAAUAGAAGAGUUGGAGAAAAACACCAUCUUUACUGCCCUGGAAAUCGAGUCUCUUUAUGAGCGUUUUAAGUACCUUGACAGAAGCAAUACUGGUUUUCUCACCUUUGCCGAGUUUCAAAUGAUUCCAGAGUUUUACUCGAACCCAUUUUCGAAGCUUCUUAUAAACUGUUUGGAAAGCCGGAACAGCUUUGAAAAAGUUAGUUUUGCAAGCUAUCUUGAGUUUUUGGAGCUUUUCCACAUGAAAACGCCAAAAGAAGAGAGAAUUUCGUUUCUGUUUAAUCUUUUUGACUUUGAUGGAGACAAAAGCCUCUCAAGAAAAGACCUGUCGCAGGUGCUUUAUUUGAUGACAAAAAAGGAAGAUGAAGCAAAAAUAGACGAAGUCCUUAACGCUUUUGACAGGGGCAAAAAAGGGUAUUUGAGUUAUGCUGAUUUUACUACUUUUUACGAAUCCGACCCCUCAUUUGAAAAGAACAUGAUCAUAGAUUUUGAUGAAAAUAUUAAAGUUGAAGAAGAAGGAUUCUGGCAGACGAUGUGGCUUGCAAAGGAUAAACACUCAAAGAAAGAUUGA